AUGUUCGGACGCCGAAAAAGAAGCUCCUCUCAUCACCACCAGCCUCUCUCCACGUCCGCGUCGCAAUCAGCGCAGAGCGCCGCCAGCCAAGCGUUUUUAAGGUCCCAACCGUCGUCUGGCAGCCUGUCCUCCGCGGCUGCCGCGACCGCUCUACGUAGUCUCACGCCGACCCCGACACCCGUCGAAAAUGUCCAGACAAAGCGAAUGGUGCAGCGGCGGUCCUCGACGCAGUCGCCGCCGCAAACCAGUCAGGCCACUGCACGUCGUUCAGCCAGCGUGAGUGGACCUCUGCGCCGAUCGAGCAGCCAGAGCUCCAUGAGCACACGAAGUUUUCGCGAGCCCUCACCCCAUGGUCCGGUGAUCAGCUCCAGGUCUGCGAAUCAUCCCGAGCCCCUUGACGUGCCUCCAUUACCGUCCCUACCACAACAGUAUUCUUCGCGACAGCCCGCCAAUCGUCGUUGCGCGAGCAUGGAGCCGGCGACACGAUCGACCCCGGGAUCUCCGGGGUCCCCCCGCACGAAGAAGACGCGAGGGGUGAGCGCGGAUGGAGAUCGGGAUAUGCGGGCGGCUGCGGCUGCAGCUCACUCAUACAACCACAAACGAUUUAGUAGUUUGGGUUCGGUGCCGGAGCUGGAGCGUUCUGCGAGUCGCAAUUCGGUGAAUUUUUCCUAUCCGAUGGGUGCGCGUCCAAACUCCCCGACUGGCCCGCCACAGAACCGGUCUAUGACUUUGAAAGAGGCGGUUCAUGAGCUGCCGUCGACAGAGGUCUCGAGUAUCCAGCAGUCGGUCACUCGGGCGUCCGAAAAGCCUGUCAAGACGAAGCCGAGAACGCACGCACCGGAGGGGAGCCAUUUGGCACACAGAUCCGCAGGCGGUCCUCCAGUUGGCACUGCGGUUGCCGCGGCUCAGGCAGUCAUUGCGCCAAAAGGCAGUUCACACGCGGACACGGGAGACAGGCGCCAGGGGCGGGUGGAAGAUGAUUCAGUGGUCCCCGGUUUGACGGGGGACUAUGGUGAAGAUGAGCUACCGGCCAGUAUCAGCAGCCCGGAAACUAGCCAUCCUUCCUCACGAGCCGCCCAUGCUCAAUGGCCGACUACGGUUCCUGAAGAGAACGGGCCAGCCGAGAUUGCUGAUACUGAUGUUCAUAAUACCCAGGGGCGUGGCAGUCGGUUGACGAGUGCCUCUCCGACCAUUGAUCACGUUGAGGCAGUUACCCCGAAUCAAGCUUCUCCCUCGUCUGAACAGGGAGCUAGGCAGCACCAGCAUUUGCGCGAGUCGAGCAGCCCAGGCCGAUCAACCCGCUUUGCCAAGUGGCUUUCGGUUUCUGCAGCUGGGGAACAGGUCCACGAGCCGCCGCCGAGAUCUAUUUCGCCUGGCAAGUCGGCCAUGAAACAUCCUCGGGGCAACUCUUUGUCCCCAGAUCGGAAGACUGGGAUACUUGCCAAUGAAAUAUCAGAUGGCACCUCGGUGGCUUCUGACGAAGGGCCUCGCAUUGGUGCGAAGAAGCGGUCCGUCAAAGUAAGCUUUGAUGACGAGGCGGAGAUCGUCGGCGUCGCAGCCAGCCCUCCUACCUCUCCAGAGGAGCUUACUCCUGACUCGCCUACGGGUAAAUCCAAGUCUCGCAUGAGUUGGUUUGGAAUUGGCAAAAAGAAGCCUUCGUCGCCGUUGGAAUAUGGUUCUAGAAAUGACUUCGAUCAGGUGAUGAAACCCCGGCCAGCAUUGCCCUCAUUCGGCAGCGUACGAGGCAAGCGGGAGGCCGGGCUUCAGGCAUCGUCAAUUCCGGAAUUCAGUGACAAUGAAUCAAGUGACUCGUCGGAGGGCGUGGAAGGACCGGGCGUCUCUUUCUCGAACGAUCACGUUCUUGGGGGUGUACUUCACAAUCAUCAACAUCAAGCAGCUCACCAACUACAUGGGACGAACAUCCUUGAGCAAAUGUCCGUCGGUGAAGCUUCUACUGCCUCUCAAGCAACAAUCAGCCCAGACGUGAAACCGGCUGGAGUAGCCAUCGCGGGAAUAGCUGAGCAACAGCCCUAUGCCGGUUUAGAAUCGGAAACGCCAGUACCAUCUAUCGCUGUCCAGCCUGCCACACCCCAGGUGGAGGUGGAGGAACCGAGACCCAGCAUGGACCGCUCGAGUAUGGAAGGAUACAGGAUUCCGGGCGGAUUCCCGCCCUCGAGUUCAGACAAUAGCCUGAAAAGCGCAGCAGCCUCGACGACCCCUGCAGUGGCGAGCGCUGUUCCGAAGCUGGAUGAUGUGGAGGACACUGAGGGAGAGUCUGGAGAUAGCGUCUACAGCGAUGCAGCCGAGGACUUUGAUGGAGAUGGAUUUGGGUCUAUUAAUGCUAUUGUUGAUAGCCGGCCGAUCCCCAGGUCUUCAGUACCGUUGGAUAGUCGCGAUACGACUCCGAAGCCUAUCAACCGAACAACGCCUGUGGAUUCCGGAUCUGAUGACAUUCCGGAUGAGGCAGCUGAAGACGCUCGCGCCGCGACGCCUACCCAAGACUCGGUCAGCAGACAAAUCUGGGUAAUGCCAUCCCAGUCUGAAUCUCCGCCCCUUCCAUCCGAGUCGCAAGCUCGAGCCCCGACCGUGCAGAAUGGUACCGUUCAAUCGGAGUCGAAAAAACAGAAGAGACCAAUGUCUGUGGACACAGGUGUUCAAAACCCUCGAUGGUCAAGCAAUGCCAGUUCUCCAGGGUCUGCUAAAAGCAAAUCGCGGCCAAUCUCUCUUGGCCCAGCUUUUCAACCCGGUUUUCCUCCUUCUUUGGGCAGAACCAUGUCGAAUGGCAGCGAUUCUUCUAGCAGCUUUGUUCGCGCCAGCCCUCCUUCCCGGCGAGACGGCUCGCAUGCCAUACAAACAACGUUGAGAUCUGGCGGGGGACGUGCUCAGCGACGGUCACCAUCCGAACAGCCGGACUCGCCCCGGGAAUAUCGACCAACCUCCUCUGGCUCGGCAACAGCCACCAUGCGGAAGACGCUGCGGAAUCCGAGUUCUGGAGGCGAGCAACGAUUCUCGUUCUUCUCGACCAAUAAUAAGAGCCCAAGAGCGACGGUCACCAAGAAGUCUCCCAAAUCGAAGGCAUCGCGAUUCGUCGAGUCGGAUGAUGAGGACAGCGACGCUCGCCCCCAGUUUUUCCGCAGUCGCUUUGCGAAUUCAAGCGAUGAAGACGAGCCCAAUAAUACUCUGCGGCCUGUUCGUGGUAUUCCGCGCCGGAAGGAUGAACGUGAUGGAGAUUCAACCGAGCUGGAGGACAGCUCGGAAGAAGAUCGUCGCCAAGCCCGACGACUAACCAUGGCUGCACCGCCAUCAGGGCCCACUCCGCCAGGGUCUCGCGGUCAGAACGCACCCGGAAGUAUGUCUGGACUGGCAGCCGUGGCUCGCCAGCGGGGUAUGACGCAGAGAGAACUGGAGGAGUUCCUUAUGCAGCCGCCCGGCGGGCGCAAGCCGGGUCUCUUGAAACGGCUUGGUUUUAAGAAGUCUAAGAAUCCAGAUCAUCGAAUCCGCAAAGCAGACGUCGAGAGCCCCUCUCGUCGAGAUACGCCGCUGGAGCGGUCGCGUCUGGAACGCGAGCAGUUGCGCAAUGAUUCCGUUGUGAAUGGAUCUCGUGGACAUACGAUAACCACGGUCAGCUCCAAUCAUGACCAACCGGCCUCUUCGCCUAAGCUGCUGAAGAGAGGGUCGAAGCGAGCUGGUAUACCUUGGCCACUGCAUUCUAAUGCCGACGAGCAGCCGAGCAACAGCACUCCUUCAUCCCCUCAACAGCCCUCUCAGCCUGCGCCGUCCACACAAAAUGGCGGGCAUAACGGAACUGCGAUGGUCAAUGACGCACCCGAUAGCUCAACCAAAGAGCCCGCAUUGCCGCGGAUGUCCAGCCCCGGCGCAGAUACGAACGACGGCAGUUCCAUCGCUGCCACGGAAGAAGAUCAUGGACCCUCUGCGCGAGACGUGGUGAUCUCCGGCUCUGGACGAAAGAAACGCUUCCCGCUACUUCGGAAGGCACUCCGCCUCAAGGCUUAA